AUGGCCAAUGAAAAACCCAAGGAAGGAGUCAAGAUUGAGAACAAUGAUCAUAUUAAUUUGAAGGUGACAGGGCAGGAUGGUUCUGUGGUGCAGUUUAAGAGGCAUACACCACUUAGUAAGCUAAUGAAAGCCUAUUGUGAACGGCAGGACACACCUGCACAGUUGGAAAUAGAGGAUGAAAAUACAAUUGAUGUGUUUCAGCAGCAGACAGGGGUGUCUUCUAAAAAGGGAGCCUGCUACUUUACUCCAGAACUCCGUUCCUACAGACCAAGAAUAUAG